UAGCAGCAAUCCGAAAUGGAACUAUAAAAUACACUUUGGAAUUUCAAAUAAAGCAAUUACAAAUGUAAAUCAAGUCGUAUUCAUCGAUUCAUCCUCUGGUCGGGCACGCAGUUUAGCGGCCGAAAGACAGCAAGAACAACAAAACAACGACAACUGCAACAGCAACAGCAACAACUAAAAACGAACUCGCGUUAAAAGUCGUAAUUUUCCUCCAUUCGCCCAAAACUGUGUUGUAUUGAACUCGGAACUCGAACAAGACAUCUAACGAGCAGAAUGGAAAAAAGAUUUUUAAUUGUCCUGCCAGUCCUGAUAUUGAUGCCGUUUUUAGUGUCGGCACAAAAACCACGUCGCGAUGAGAACUAUCCUCCACCAGAAUUUCUGAAAAGAUUUAUCAUUAUCCAUGAUGUUUGCGUUGAAAAAACAGGAGCAACUGAAGAGGCCAUCAAGGAAUUCAGCGAUGGGGAAAUACACGAAGAUCCGGCUUUAAAAUGCUACAUGAAUUGUUUAUUCCACGAAGUAAAUAUUGUCGAUGAUGAUGGGGAGCUUCAUUAUGAGAAAUUGAAACGCGUUUUGCCCGAUGAACUGACACAGUUUGUCCAGCAUAUUAUCGACGCCUGUGAGUCGCAUGUACCCCAAGGUAGUAAUCAGUGCGAACGAGCUUGGUCGUGGCAUGUUUGCUUUAAACAAACGGAUCCAGUGCACUAUUUCCUGCCCUAAACGGAUGAACGACAAAUGCUAUGUUUUAUUUAUUCAAUUAAACUAUUUAUUAUUAUUUAUUUAACAACUUGUUGUGGUUGAGGUUUUAUUGAAUUUACCCAUAUAUUUUUGUAUAAUAUAUUUAUGUAGUGGCAAGCAAAUUGCAUCAAAUGCAAAAA